GUUCUGGCGCCCUCUCCUGGUUACGUUAUGUAAUUGCAGCAUCACCUCUUGAAUUCACAGGUAUGGACACAUGUAAAUGCGAUGGAUUUGGGUCAAACCUUUUGUUUAUCCAUGUUUACUGUCAUAGCUUGCAGAACUGUCCUCAGUCAUAUUUUAUGACCGACAUGUAGAAACGUGAGAUGUCACAUACACAGUGUUUGAAAGAAUAUUUCAUACAACCACAAUAUUGAAUACGCUACUCGAUUGAUAGCUCUGUGAUAGUAGCAUCUGAAAUGGAUUGUUACUGUCUUUCGUAAGUACAGAAUUAACAAAGUCGUUAUAACAACUAUUUCAAAUCUGUGGAUAAUUUACAACCCGACUUGCAUGUUUUUGUCAUGUGGGAGGAAGCCCAUGCAAGCAUGGAGAUGAGGUGUAUGAGCAUCUCUAUAAAGUCGUACGCAGUAGAAUUAUAACGGCGAUGAUUUUGUAUGAGGAUGGCCUACUUGAGUGAAAUGCUGCUCACCUGUUGGUGUUCUCAAUCAAACACCUGCUCUGCAUUCACGAUGCUAUACAAGCUCUGGCCAAUAGAUGUCCCACUUUCAGGGUCUUGACAGGGACAAGUGUGCAUUUGCUCAAACCACACCACCUACAUCCGAAGUCUUAGACUCCACAUAUCGAAAGGAGAGCCGUUUGUCCCCCAGAGUUUUGAGUUAAUACGUAUUAAGAUUCUCUAAGCAUGUUUUAAAGUUUCCAACUGUUGUAGUUCUUUAGCAUCUGUUGUAAAAGCUCUUUCAUCAAUGCUGAAAAAGUCAUGGCAGCGCAUGGUUUAAGAUCUCUGUUGAGCGCCCCUAAUACUCUUUGUUUCGGGCUCAGGACUGUUAGCGAUGUCAAACUACAUCACGAACCACCUUCCAGGACCUGAGCUUGGGAGGAGUGAGGAGAUGGAACCUCCGCCGGCUGCAUGCACACCUCCCAUCCUGCAUUCUUGUGUGACUCUCCCCAAUUCCCCCCACCCUCCUCCUUUUGGCAAUCUGGUCCAUUUUCUGUGGGUCUGUGGAGAGCGGGGGGAGGCGGAGAGAGCCGCGGUGGAAGGCGGCGAGCAGGACCACAAUCAUGUUUUAAUCCUGGGAAUCAAACCUGUGCUUUUUUUCCGGAUGCUUCUGAGACUCGAACGACCGCAACUUGUGGGCUCACUGCAGCAUUUUGGCGUCUUUUGUUGCUUCCGAAUCCGCGGCACUACCCCCCCUUACUGCAAUAUUUGGGCAAAGAUAAGAGCGUCAAGGCUGCCAUGGCAGCAUAGGAGGGGGCAUCCUCAGCCAAUUCCUCGUCUAUGAUGCCUUAUUGCUCAUAUUGUUCCGAUUAGACUGGAUUUGGGAGUCGGCAUCCUUGUAUGUCGCACCGCUGCACGCCACCGACCCGUUGGAAUUAAACGGGGAUCAAGCAGCGGAUCCCGAUGGCAUGGACACUUGUGCGAGGUCCGCCGCGCUGCCGAGCCACUGGAGCCCUCACGCCGUCUCCUCCUCCUCAGCCAGCCCAGCUCCGUCGCCAUCGCCCCGCAGCCCCGAGAGCCCCUCCGCCGCCGCCGCCGUCGCCGCCACCGCCGCACCGCCAGCAGCCACUCACUAGCCACAGCAGGCGGCAUGAGGCUUGAGUCGCUCGCAUCUCUAUCCAUGCUGCUCAUCGGGGUCUCAUUCGCCUGCUACCCCCCGACUUCGGAUUCCCUGCAGGACCGGGCGUACAGGUCGGCCGUGGUGAUCGAGGGCAAGGUGCAGUCAACGCCGGGGAACGCCUCCGCCGAGUUUCCGCCGCAGCCCGGCGUGCACGUCCAAGUGCUGGACGUGUGGCCCCUCCACAGCGGGGGGCUGGAGCCCGAACAGCUCGUCACCGUGCUGGGGGAGUUCGGGUCGGAGGCUCCGUGCGCCGACGUGCAGAAGAACCGCAAGUACAUCUUUUUCAUGGAGCCCACCGAGGCUCCGCUGGUCUACAAGGCUUCAUUCGCACCCCUGGACGCAAGCGGGAAGAGUCUCAAGAAGGACGUUGGCAAGAUUCUGUGUGAGGACUGCGCUUCGGCUCCAAAGUUAAAACCAAUGAAGAAUCCAUCAAUUGUGGACGAGGGAAGCAAGUUCACAGUCAAAUGCGAGGCCUCGGGGAACCCUCUGCCGACCUACCGGUGGUUCAAAGAUGGCAACGAGCUGAAGAAAAGCAAAAAAAUUCGAAUAAAGAACAGCCAGAAAAACUCCAGACUCCAGAUCAGCAGAGCAAAACUGGAGGAUUCUGGGAAUUACACUUGUGUGGUGGAGAACCUGCUGGGAAAGGACAACUCCACUGGCACGAUAAACGUCCAAAGCAUAACCACCACGCUAUCUCCAGGCUCAGGCCACGCUAGAAGAUGCAAUGACACAGAGAAGGCCUUCUGUGUGAAUGGCGGCGACUGUUACUUCAUACAUGGUAUAAACCGGCUUUCUUGCAAAUGUCCCGAUGGAUACUUUGGCCCGCGAUGCUCAAAGACCGAACCUCUGAGGUUGCACAUGCCCAAUCCUUUCAAAAAUCAUCUUGGGAUUGAAUUUAUGGAGGCAGAAGAACUCUACCAGAAGAGAGUCCUGACAAUCACGGGCAUUUGUGUGGCUCUGUUGGUGGUGGGCAUCGUUUGUGUGGUUGCCUACUGUAAAACCAAGAAACAAAGAAAGAAGAUGCACAAUCAUCUGAGACAGAACAUGUGUCCAGAACACCCCAAUCGGAACCUAGCAAAUGGACCCAAUCACCCAGGCCCAGGACCAGAGGAAAUCCCCAUGGUAGAUUACAUAUCAAAGAACGUUCCGGCAACUGAACGAGUCAUCCGGCCUGCGACAGAAGGAUCCUUCCCUGCCAGCCACACCUCUUCCAGGUCUCACAAUUCUUCCACACGAGCCCAUUCAUCAACUCACAGACCCGAAGAACGAACGUGGAGCCUGGAACAUUCGGACAGUGUCCUCUCUGACUCGCCGGGCAUGAUGUCAUCAUCAGUUGGGACCAGUAAAUGCAGCAGCCCCGCAUGCAUGGAGGCACGGGCCCGGCGGGCUGCACACUGUGCUUACAACGACUCCCAUCGGCCGGCCCUCCAAUAUGGGGACUCCUUUGACUCCCUGGGAGACUCUCCGCAUAGCGACAGAUAUGUGUCAGCCCUCACGACACCAGCCCGCCUCUCGCCAGUGGAUUUCCAUUACUCAUUGCCCCCGCAGGUGCCUACCUUCCAGAUCACCUCGCCCAACGCCAGCCACGCCAUGUCCCUGCCCCCCGCUGUCCACAACCCGUACCCCCUGGAAGACAACCAGCCUUUGCUGCGCCGCAACCAAGUGCCCCUCCACGACGCCCAGUGCCAGGAGGCCUACCGGCAGCAACGGCGCACCAAUCCCAACGACAGCAGGGGCAGCCUGCCCUCCAGCCCUUACCGGCUGGCGGACGACGAAGACUAUGAGACCACCCAGGAGUAUCUCUCCUCGAGGGAGCAACCAAAGAGAAGCGGGUCGGGCGCACCCGAUAGCCGGCGCUGGAGGAGAUCCAGACUGAACGGCCACGUGGCCCCGCGUGGAUACGAGGCCUCCCGGGACUACGGCUCCCGGAGCUGCCUAACAGGAAGCGAGUCAGAGGAGGAUGGCGAAAGCACUCCUUUCCUCAGUAUGCAGAACAUGAACGCUGAGCCGUCCACCAUCUACAGGCCGGUGGACAGUCGGACUCCUCAGUCGUCGGGGCGGCACAGUGCGCAUGGGAACAUGCAGACAAGACUUUCACACUCCCGCUCCAAACCGGACACUACACCCCAUUAGCGAGUGACCAUGAACCAAGGAAAAAAAAAAAAAAAAAAAAAAAGUCAGUAUAGUAUAGACCUGCAUCUAUAAGAAAUAUUUUUAUUUUAUAUAACUGACAGAUAUUCUAAACAAAUGAAAUAUUUAUUUUCAUUUUAGCAAAAGUUGUCUACUAGUUAACAGCAAAGACUUUUUUAUAGGGAAAACUCUAUUUAUAUGUACGUUUUGAUUUACAGCAUAAAGAGAUGUGCCAGUUUUUUCACAAUGUCAAAAAGAGAAAAAAAAAA